CUUGUGUCUAGUUCGUGAAUAUCCGACCCAAAUCCCGCUAAUUAUAGAGGCUCGCAUCCCCAUCUCUACAGACACUUUUCUCUCGUCUUUCCCCUGUUCCAAAACACACCCAUUUCCAUCUUUGCACUUCCUGUCUCUCCCUAGCUGUCCGUCUGUCUGUUUGAAGAGAAGAUGGCAAGGUCCCUCUCACAAACCCUAACUAAUCUUCCCCGCAAUCUCUCCCCCAAAUCUCGCCUCCUAACUCACCGAACCCAAUCCAACCAGUCCUCCAAACCCCAUCACCUUGCCGACCUCGCCGAGCUCACCGACUCUUCCUCUACCUCUUCCGAUCCCCUUGUCCGCCAGCUCGAGGACGCCAUUCACCGGAUCAUCGUGCGCCGUUCCGCGCCCGAUUGGCUCCCUUUUCUCCCCGGCGCCUCCUACUGGGUUCCACCUCCUCCGCGCUCCUGCUCCCACGGCCUGUCCCACUUGGUGCACCAGUUGGCAAAUCCCUUGUCCGAGGAGGAGUCCAUGGCCAUCACGACCGACCGUGGCUGGCCUUCUUCCGCCUACUUCAUCAAAGGUGGAUCUCCUCAGCCAGUGGAAGUAGAGCCAACAUCAAAUACUAAGUCUCAAGCUGAGGAUGACGAAGGAUGAAACGUGUUUUAUACCGGCAUUUGGAGUUCACCCAGGUGUGUAAAUUGUAUGUAGAAAGAAGGAUAAGAGACUGCAGAAACUGUAAUAUCACAGACCUUUUCGUCAAUGGGAGGAGCUGUACAGAUAAUGCAUCUUGUUUACCAACCCACGAAUAAUUUCACUUCAUAUCAAAUGUUCAGUAGCUGAAAACUUACACACUCCCGUGAUCUGUACCUCAUAUUUUUAGUCAAUAAUUGAAGCUUUCUACUGCAAUCUAUGUGAUCUGUACUCUAUCACCCUUGCACUUGGUGAUUAUCCUAUUUAUGAUUGUUCUUUCUA